GCAGCUGUAAGACACGUCACAGCCGGUGGAAGGGAGUGGAGACGACCAGGGGCUGUGGGACGCUGAGAAAGACUUUCCGUCCGAUGGAACUCAGCAUGUAUGACAUGUUUCCCACCUCGAACUGCAACUGUUUGAGUUUUUAUUAACCUUACAAGUGCAGAGAGAGAUGGUUUGGAUGGAGUAGUGCAAACCUUCCAACUCAGAGUCGAAUUGGUCCUUGAAGGCACUUCUGUGGUGGUCGAAGAGAGAAAGGAAAUCCCCCUGACUGCAACUGUCUACACAUCUUUGAGUCGUCUGAAUCAACGACCCAGCACCCGCUGGCCACCAUGAACGCCUCCGCCCUGCCGCUCGCUAACAACACCCCACUCUGCUACGUCUACAACAGCCCUCCAUUCAACUACAGCCACCCCAUCGCCUCCGCCAGGUAUUCAUCCAUCUUCGUGAUCUUGGGCCUCAGCUCUAAUCUCAUCGCCUUCAUAGUCCUCGUCAAGUCCUUCCAGCGAACACAGAACCGCUCCCGCUCCUUCUUUCUCAUCUUCCUCGGUGGCCUGGUGGUCACGGACUUCAUGGGUCUUCUGGUCACAGGCUCCGUCGUGAUCUCAUUCCACGUCACUCAUUUUAAUUGGCGCACCGUAGACCCCAACUGCCACCUAUGCAACUUCAUGGGUAUGUCCAUGGUUUUCUACGGACUGUGCCCACUGCUGCUCGGUGCCACCAUGGCCGUGGAGCGUUUCAUUGGCAUCAACUGUCCAUUUGCGCGCUCCAACAUGACCAAGAGCCGGGCAAUCUCCAUGAUGCUGAUGGUUUGGUUUAGCGCUGGCGGCAUCGCAUUUCUGCCCCUAACAGGCAUUGGGAGCUACCACAUACAGAAGCCUGGCUCGUGGUGUUUUUUCAACAUCAGCCCUGAGGGAAAAGACAUGGCCUUCUCCCUGAUUUUUGCACUGGUCGGAUUGAUAUGCAUCGCCGUGUCGUUUUUGCUGAACAUGAUAAGUGUGGUGACCCUGAUCAAGGUGUGCUGUGGACAGGACCGGGGCCAGCGGCGCAGAGACCAUGAAGUGGAGAUGAUGGUUCAGCUCAUCCUGAUCAUGGUCAUCGCUUCUAUCUGCUGGUGCCCCAUCCUGAUCUUCAUUGCCCAGACUGUGCUGUCCGGGGCCCAUCUCCGAGUCGGAAAGCUACUGCUAUGGCUACGCUUUGCCAGCGUGAACCAGACCCUGGACCCGUGGGUGUACAUCCUGUUUCGGAGGGCAGUUCUAAAGAAAAUGUUCCCCCGCCUUAACUGGUCCCGCGGCUCCAUCAUGACCUUGUACCCAUCUUUCAGAGACACCAUGCGCAGGUUCACCAGUUCCUCAAUCGGGAGCAGCACCCUGGCAUCUAGUGAAACAGGAGAGACGGGGAAAUUGAAUGUAAUGCCCCCAUCUACCCCGAAGCCGCAGCCUCCUUCUCCGUGAUUGGCUGGAACCGGGUUUUGUUGCUGCGGCAGAGCGAGAGAGAAAUCGUCGAUCAGUGUUCAGGAUGAAAUGCAAGAUCGCACCUACCAUCCGAAAGGAUGAUGACGUCACACACCAUGUCUGUCAGUAUUAGCAGCGUCACUUUAAUCCACAGCAAAGUAAAACGACAGAUCGAACCUGUGAUCUGGCGAUAAAAAACACGCCUGUUACCACCAUACUCAGCCCUGAGGCCGGCCAAGGCACGUGCAAGAUAUAUCCACGUGCAUUACCCUUUUCAGAUACUGUUUCAUCAAGUGCUUUCUACGAUGAUUACGUUUAAAACAGUUCAUCGCAGUAGAAAGGGGCAUCCUGUGGUCAUCCAGGUGACCAUUGUGACAUAGAUUCGGUUGCGACAUUGGGCCUUUUGCACACAUGAAACUUUUGCUCAGAGGCCCUUGAUUUUCACGAUAGAUCGAGGAAGAAUUAUUUUCUCGUAAUUGUGUUUUCAGGCUCGUGCCCAGUCUUCAUGAAUUGUUCCAUUUGUGGAAGUAUUUAAAUGAUUACUGGGGGAAACCCCUUGAAUGUUGAACGUAUAUUAUAAUCUUAAAAGGUAUAAUGUUAUCUUCUUUACAUCUAUUACACUGCUGACAAUGAUAAUGGAUUUACUUUGAAAUGCAUUUACCUGGACUAACAUUCUCUGAGUGGGAUCUUUUGUUUCCCACCUCAUGCUUGUCUGUCAUACACCAUAUGUUAGUUUGCCAGAAGAAUAAAUAAGACCAUUACAAUGCAUUUAACAAAAAUGUAACAGCAUUUCAGGUAUUUUAUUUUCUAUAAAACAUGAUAGUGAUAUAUUACUUGUUAAAAAGGCAGUGUUACCUCUCUUUUCCUUGCUAACUGCGUCACUGUUGCGGUUUUGCUCUCCUAGUUUUCAUAUCCUGUGAAAUUUUCAGUUGUAAGUGAAUGCGAAGUAAUUUUUUCCCCCUUAAACAAAUGAAAAGUGAUAUUUGGAGAAAAAAAGAAAAGUGGGGCAAAGUGUAAAAAAAGACUAGUACAUAUCUUUUGUUGGCUGAACUGACCCUUUAAAAAAAAUUUGAAUAAGACGCAAGGUAAGACAAAUACAUUUUACAAUCAUUAUACCAGAAACCCUCCUAUCUUUUCUGUUCCUUUUGGGGGCCUCAGUCAAGUCCUAUUUGAGGUGUUUGGUAUUUCUUCCCCUAGACAAAUUUAGCCUCCUAACUGUAAUUUCUUACACUACUCCAUUACUCUGUCAAAAAACCUGUGCACACAGAUCCCGCAUGUAAUUUGCUUUGAACAUUGUAUUUUCACUGAUAGCCGCCUGUCACUCAGUUACCGAACAGAGCGACAAGAACCAAUCUCUGAUCCCGGCUGAGACGCGUCUUGAUUUAUCUCUUCAGCAGCAUCAUCCGAUUGAAAAAGAAGAAGAAGAAGUGUAAAUGUUGAAUGUGCUUGACAGAAAUGGCAUGUGGUUGUCUGUAAAGGAUAAGUAAACUGGACAAAAUCCAAAAUCUC